UAGUGGUGAGUCAGUAAUUCACAGAGAUGAAGAAGAAAAAUCAAGAUCAUCAUCAAGAAAGCAACCACCAAACGUUCCUAAUUUUAGCAAAAACACACACCAGUCAUACUCAAACCCCAAAAAACUCACUACUAGCAGUGACGGCAAACCCACCCAGAACUAACCCCAGCACUACAUAUAUACUCAUUCAUUCGAAAACUCAUCUCAGAAAGAAAUCAAAUCAUGAUAUCAAGAAAUUAUGUAUAGAGGGUUUGGUUGGAAAAUGAUGAGAUCAUCAUCAGAAUUAGGAGGAGGAGGGGGAGGAGGAUCAAUGAUGAGAUGUCAAGAGUGUGGAAACCAAGCGAAGAAGGACUGUGUGUUCAUGAGGUGCAGGACUUGCUGUAGAAGCCGAGGGUUUCAGUGCCUAACCCACAUCAAGAGCACUUGGAUCCCCGUCUCGAAAAGGCGCCCAAGAUAUCAUAGUAUUCAACAACACCAACUCGUUCAACCACCAAACCCUAAAAGAUACAGAGAGAUCAAUCCCUCCUCAGCACCAGGGUUGCAAGUGGGGAGUUUCCCGGCGGAGGUGAAUUUUCCGGCGGUGUUUCGGUGCAUUCGUGUGAGCUCUGAUGACAAUGCGGUUGAUCAGUAUGCGUAUCAGACGGCUGUGAACAUUGGAGGGCAUGUUUUUAAGGGAGUUCUGUAUGAUCAAGGCCCCGAUAGUCGAUACACAGGCGGUGAGAGCUCCUCCGGUGGCUUGCAGCAACCUAAUUUCACUACUACUACUGCAGCAGCUACAACUUGUACAGCUUCUCCUUCUUCAUUCCCUAAUCCCCUUGGUCCUUUUAUCUCCGGUACGCGGUACUUCUCAUAACCAAAAUCUUCGAGAACAUCAGUUCAAUUUGAUUCUCUCUCUAAAAAGUAUAUAUAUGUUUGAUUCAAUCUGCAUUAUCAAUGUUGUUGUAGUUAAUUGAUAUAAUUGAACAAGAAAGGAAGAGAAAGUUGAAUAAGGGGGGCUAGUAUCAGCUUUUUUGUUCUAAUAUCAAUGAAUAAUUAUUUAAUCUUGUCGGUGAAUUUAAAAUGUCUAGGGGUUUACAUUUUGUCUUCUUGUUUACUAUUUUAUUGCUUUUCUCUUUUGUGUUCAAUUUAA